GUUGUUUCAGUAGUUAGAUUCAAUAGUUUUACCCAAGGCUUCUCCACUUUCUCUAUCAACAUGGUAUUAGAAAAAUUGUUAGCCUCUUUUAGGGGACCAAAACUUAGAAGACAACUUACCAGCGACGAAGGGCCGGGGAAAGUGUAUCAAGCAAACCUUGUAGAAGCAACAGGAGAUAAAUUUAUUAGCGUUAUUCGGUUUUGCAUGUCCUUCACCUACUGGACCAGCCCUGUAGUUCUGACUGUCCUGUACAGAAGAGGAUACUUCUCAUCAGAGGGACUCAUUAGUAUAGGAAAGUUUGCCUUCUCAAUAAGUGUCAUCUAUACUGUGGCUUAUAUAACCAGAGGGUUUGGUCGCUAUAGCAAUGCUGAUUACCUGACCUUCCUUAGUGUGCUCAGUGCGGCCCAGAAAUCACUCACACAACAAAACAAGAAAAUGUUGGCUAGAUAUGACUUUGAGUUUUGGGCAUGGCCAGUAGAUUGGCGUAUGGGAGAAAAUGGGGAAGUGAAGAAAAUCCAUCAACAAAUAUCGAAACCAAAGCUAACUGAAUUUAACAUAAGUAAUCUUCCACAGAGGAUUCUUGGGUACUUAGCUGUACACACAUUUGGGAAAAGGAUGCUUUACCCAGGGGCUACAGCUCUGAUUAACUCUUUAGUGGGUCCUGUUUUAAGUCAGAGCAGAGCAUCUUUGAUAGAGGAAAAACAAGGAAAGCGAGCCAAACUUCUAUCAGCAGACGGGAAUGAGAUAGAUGUGUUGUUUGUGGACAGGAGACACUCAGGGAACCAGAAUGGAAAAACUUUGGUUGUGUGUUGUGAGGGUAAUGCCGGUUUCUAUGAAAUUGGUUGUACUGUGACUCCAUUAGAGGGAGGCUUCUCUGUAUUGGGAUGGAACCACCCUGGGUUUUCAGGGAGCACUGGUAUUCCAUUACCUUCUCAAGAACAAAAUGCUGUAGAUGCUGUUAUGCAGUAUGCUAUCAAUAGCUUGGGUUUCACUCCUGAUAACAUUGCUGUGUUUGCAUGGUCCAUUGGUGGAUAUACUGCUUCAUGGGUAGCAAUGAACUACCCAGACUUAAAAUACAUUGUAAUAGAUGCAACUUUUGACGAUGUUGUCCCAUUAGCUCAGGCAAGAAUGCCAGAAUAUUUUGAAAACUUUGUAGAGUUUACAGUUAGAUCAUACCUUAAUUUAGAUAUAGCAGAACAGCUUAUCAGAUAUUCAGGUCCUGUACUUCUCAUAAGAAGAACCAGGGAUGAAAUGAUCACAACUAAGUCUGACCCAACAGGAGUGAAACUAUACUCCAACAGAGGAAACUAUCUUCUAAUCAAGUUAUUACAACAUAGAUACCCUUGUAUAGUAGAUGAUAGUACCCUGGCUGUGUUAGCUGAUUGGUUAGCCAGGCUGAAACCUCAACAAGAGGACUUAUGGCAGACACAUGAGGUGGAUGAAGACGAAUGUUUAGCCAAAAUUAGAUCCUAUAUACGGAGCAACUCCGAUACAUUUCCUUGUAAUAUAGGAGAAGGCUAUUCUGAAGAAGAGAAAAAGAAAAUGACUUUAUACUUAGCUUCUCGUUACAUGGUCGACUUUGACUCCACACACUGUAACCCACUUCCAGCUUCGUUUUUCAAAACCCCCUGGACUCCAGACAGUGAAGACCAACCUAAGUUUUUAUGACUAGAUUUACAUACAUCAGUGACUGCUCAAAGCAUUGAACGACUGUAGUUGAUCCUAUACACUGUUGAACAGUGUUAGAGAGAGAAAAAAAAUCACCAAUUGAUCUCCAUUGCUGUGGAACAAAUUACAUGUAUGAUGUAUAAAUGUUGUCAUUUUAUACACUUUUCAAUAUUUUAGUAAUCAAUGAAGAAUUUUAUAUGUAUUUAUUUCUUGUUUGUCUGAAAUUGCUAGUAAAAAGAAAUUUUCUAAAUAUAA